AUGUCGGCAGUGAAAGAUGGCGCUGUAGCAUGUAAUGGGUUCCCGGUUGGCCUUAGGGUUCUUGUUGUUGAUGGUAGCUCCCCCGACCUCAAAAUACUAGCACGUAUCCUUCAAACUUGCCACUAUGAAGACUCCACAAUGACGGAAUCUCGUGAACUAGGUAUACCCUUAUAUAGCAAGGCACACGAAUAUAGAAGCAUGAAUCUGAUAUCAGAAUUUCCCAUGGAUGUAUUUGGAUAUACCAUCUCCUUAUGUACGCAGAAUGAAUUACGAUAUGCCAACGGGCAGAGGAUGCUUUGUCUAAGCUUCGGGAGUGUUGAAGAUACUAAUAUGCUUGUGAUCAAUUUCAACUGUUGUGCAGAUGUUGUUUCGAAGAAAAUUUUGGAGCUUGUGCAUGCCUCCAAUGUUUGUGGUAUUAGUAGAGAAAAUGUUGCCAGCCACCUCCAGACAGAUAGAGAUGCGUUUCGGUUCCGGAAAGGGUGCUGCCUCUGCCUGUGUCGACAUCUCUUAGUUGGGAAUGUGUAUCUGAAAGCCGAGGAAUAA